AUGCAAGUACCCCAGACAAUUGCCAUCCUGGCUCUACUAACCUCAGCCUCCGCCCAUGCUAUCCGUCAGGAUGACAGCACAGAAGCCAAGGCCGAUUUUUCGAAGACCUGCGAUAAUAUUACCGUUCGAAAGGGUGGCAACCACUUGGAAGCAGAAUGUACUAAGACAAACGGGGAAAAGAUGAAAAGUUCUCUGGACCUGAACUUCUGCAUUCGCCAUACAUAUGGGGGUAUGGAAGCGUACGCCGACGGCCAUUUCUAUGGAAAUCCCGGAUGCACUGGUUGCCAAAUCCUCAAAGAUUCGCCAAAUACUUUACAGUGCGUGUGUGGGACUUCACAAGUGGGUGCCUUCAAAAAGGCAACCCUGGACUUAGACAUCAUGGUGUGGAAUAAUGACGGUCUCACGGAGUGCUACGGUCACCGCGCAGACUCUAUCUGA